CGUACUCCCUCAGCAUUAUAACAUCUGAAAUACUUUCUUCUGUGUUUUAUUCCUAUUUUAGCUGGGACACCAAUUUCAUGUCAUAAGGCUGCAAAAACAAAUCAAAUUCUUGGAGGAGCAAGCGGAUCUGAACAACCAGGAUGGUGUGACCGACACCGACGAUCAAGAAAGAAAAAGCGAGCCCAUGUUGCUGAUCUUUGGUUGAUAACUAGCUCUACCUGAAAAUGAUGUGUAGAUGCACGGUCCAGAUUGGUUUGCUUUGCCUCACAUUGAAGGAGAUGUAUGGACGAGCGAAAGCGACACAGUCCAGAUCCGCGCCACGCGUCUCAAUUAGGACCAUCCGCUCCGUCCGUUACGGGCGGGCCAACCCGCGUUUCGGUCAGGAGGAGAGACUCAUUGUUGCCAUGCGAUCUACGCUCUGCGACGACCAACGGCGAGGAUGCUGCCCGAGUCGAUGCGGGGUAGGUCUCCUCGCCUUUAAGAGGCCUCGCACCGCUGCCCUUUCCUCCUCGCACCAGGCGAAGAGAUUGGCUUCGUUUCGCGUCUCGAAACCCUCGACGUUUUGAUUCCUCCUCCUUUCUCCUCCUCCCCCUCCGCCGUCUCUCUCCGGCCGGCGUCCGCCUCUCACCGGCGAGUCCUGCUUUAUCCCCUUUUCCCAUUUCUGAUUAUCGUAGAUCCUCUCCGGUUAACAGAGGGAAGAGAGCUUGCCGGAUCCCGCCCGAUCUUAGGCCGAUAAUUGCCGGUUGAUGGCGUCGGCGAUUCUGGCGAGCAGUAAUGAGCAGCACUGGCGAGAACCGAAUGAUUACAUGAGGAAGAAUCCCAUUUCAAACCCUAACCCUAACCCUAGGUCCGUCCUUAAUUUCUACGCCGGCGACCAUGCGGCGGCGGCUCGAUUCCACGCCAUGGAGGGCGACGAGGCGAUGCCGAACUGUUAUGCUGCUCGGUCGGAAGACUCCUCUUCCUUAAAUCGGAAGCUCGUCAGGGGUCUCAACAGCAGGGAUCUCGUCGCUUCUGGAGCCAGCAGAUACGCGUCUUUUCACAUCUCGAUGUUAUCCAAGGCGGAGCGCAGGGAGCUGAAGCGCAGGCUGAUAUCGGAGCUCGACCAAGUGCGGAGCUUGAAGAGCCGGAUCGAGUCAAGGGAGAUCCAGUCCUCCGCCCGAUCCGCCGGAUUUAGCGCGUCGGGAAUCUAUUGUGGUGGCCGGGAGGUCACCUCCUCCGCUUCAAUCCGCGAUCCCAUGAUUUCGAAGCCUUCAGAGCUCUUCCUCAAUUCUCACGGAGGUCUGAGGCUACAGGCGCAGUCAGCGGAAUUAGGUAAGCUCCUCUCCUCCACAAUGAAAAAGUGCGGCCAGAUCUUGUCAAAGCUGAUGAAGAACAAACAGAGCGGAUGGUUCAACUCGCCUGUAGACGUUGAUGGAAUGGGCCUCCAUGACUACUUCCAGAUCAUCAAGAUGCCAAUGGACCUGGGGACGGUGAAGAAGAAGCUCAACAAGGGGCUCUACCCUUCCCCGGCGGAGUUUGCAGCAGACAUUCGAUUGACCUUUAACAAUGCCUUGCUGUACAAUCCGCCAGGGCACGUGGUGCACAAGUUUGCCGAACAAUUCCUCCUGCAAUUUGAGGGGCUAUUUGCACCGGCCUUCAACAAGUAUGAGAAUCAGCGGAUUGCUCUGGAGCAGGAAAUGCAGAAGUAUCAAUCUCCAGCCAUGGAGAUGAUUGUCAGAAAUGAUCCACCACCACCCCCGGCAUUGUCACAAGCGUCCCCAGUGCAUGCACCGAGCUCACCCCCUGCUUUGAGCCCUUUGCUGGCGCCACCUCAACAGCUCACAAGGACCCCGGCGAAGCUCCCGAGACCCAAGGCGAAGGACCCCAUUAAGAGGCCGAUGACCCUUGCGGAGAAACAGAAGUUGAGCGAGGGGUUGCAGAGCCUGCCUCAGGAUAAGAUGCCCCAAGUCCUCAACAUCGUGACCAAGCGAAACACUGCCACGUCGCAGAAUGAUGACGAGGUCGAACUCGACUUUGAUACGAUGGACGCGGACACGCUCUGGGAGCUCGAUCGGUUCUUGUGCAACUUUAAGAAGACGGUCAACAAGAUGAGGCGUCACGAGGCGAUGGCAAAGGGGCUCAUUCCUCCCCCAGCAACAGGCCAAGCCACCCAACCUCCUCUCCCGGCUACGGACGACGCUGGUGGCGACUACAUGUCACCGAAGGCGAAAUUAACUACUGCAGAAGAGGAGAUCGACAUCGGCGAUGACUUGCCGGCUACAAAUUACCCGUCGGUGGAGAUUGAGAAAAACGCGGGUUGUGACAGUGUCUCCGGUAGCUCCGACAGUGAUUCUUCUUCUUCCAGCGAUUCCGAUUCUGACUCAACCGACAGUGAUUCUGACAACAACGAUGGACGAUCUCCGAGGAAUAUGGAGCAACCGGAAGGGUAGCUUGUACCUUAUUGUGUAGAUAUGACUCGUCUUAAAAUGAGGAGAAAUCUUCACUGAAGAAAGAUCCUUAUUGUUCGUUGACUUGCUGGGACCUUUUGGGUACGAUGGAUCAUUGAUUUUGAAAGAAUCUGUCCGCCGCCGAAUCCUUUUGAAAGAUGUUUAAAUGGGCAGGAAUCUUGUCGGGGGCUCCCACUUUAAGACUUUGUAACCCAACUGUCUCACUCUUCUUAAAAUGAGAAGAAACCUUCGCCAAAGAAUAAUUCAAUAGAAACACUUGUAUGA